AUUAUUAAAAAUGAACGGAUUUGAAGCCAGUCAGACCUUUUAUACUUUCCAGGGCCAAGCCCCAGGAGAUGAUCACGACGAAGAAGAAACCAAGAUGUCCAAGGAAGAAGCUCUUAUAAAGUCCAUUAGAUUCAUAUAAGAGAAUGGAAGAAUGAUGACAAGUAUUUCUACAGAGACCAACUGAAUGAGAACUCAGCGAAGGACUUGUACGUGUUACUCGUAGACUUUGGAGAUGUGCAAAACUUCGAUAAUAAACUGUCCACAAUGAUAAGGAACUACCCCAUGGAGUACUUAAAGAUUUUUGAAGAAGCUUGUCAGGAAGUCUAUGCUUCACUCCAUUCUGAAGAUCCCUAUGGACCUCCUCUGUUCGAAGUCCAGGUGCGAAGCCUUGAGGACCCAAAGAUGCUAAGGAAAUUAGGAAGUGAAAUGGUCGAUAAGAUGGUCGUCGUCCCAGGGAUUAUUACUUCAGCGUCACGAAGUCAGAUUAAGGCGUCUAAGUUAUCCAUCAGGUGUAGGAAUUGUGGGGAUUCUAAGCAGAUUUUGAUCAAGAGUGGACUUGCAGGAGCUUUUAUACCAACUAAUUGUGACAGAAGCGUUCAGGAGAAGUGCCCAUUGUCACCGUAUUAUGUUGUUCCAGAAGAAUGAGAGUAUAAGGACUACCAGACUUUGAAAAUCCAAGAAGCUCCAGAAUUAGUACCAACUGGAGAAAUGCCAAGAUCUUUCACUGUCAGUUGUGAAAGAAAUUUGGUGGAUAAGGUCACUCCAGGAAUGAGGGUAGUUAUUGUUGGAGUUCUUUCUAUUCUCAGUCCAUCAAAAGGCUUUGGGAACUCUAAGAAGUCAUCAAAAUUUGGUCAUGGAAUCAAGGUGUCAUAUAUCAGUGCUAUUGGAAUUCAGAAAGAAUCAGGAGAAAAUUCACUAGGAUUUGCACUUCCUUUACUAAAAGAUGAUGAUAAAGAGAAAAUUAUGACAAUGGCUAAGGACCCAGAAAUUUAUCACAAAAUUGCUAAGAGCAUCGGUGGAGCUAUUUAUGGAGGAGAUGAUAUUAAGAAAGCAAUAGCAUGCUUGCUCUUUGGAGGAUCUUCUAAGAUGUUGCCAGAUGGAAUGAAGCUCAGAGGCGAAAUCAACAUUCUUUUAUUGGGAGAUCCAUCUACAGCCAAAUCACAAAUGCUGAAAUUUGUAGAAAGAGCAGCACCAAUUGCUAUUUAUACAUCAGGGAAGGGCUCUAGUGCUGCUGGGCUUACUGCAGCGGUUAUUAAGAAUUCACAGUCAGGAGAGUUUCAGCUAGAAGGUGGGGCGAUGGUCCUUGCUGAUGGAGGAGUUGUAUGCAUUGAUGAGUUUGAUAAGAUGAGGACGGUUGAUAGAGUAGCUAUCCAUGAAGCAAUGGAGCAGCAGACGAUUAGUAUUGCGAAAGCAGGCAUUACUACUAUACUUAAUUCUAGAACUUCUGUUUUGGCAGCUGCUAAUCCGAUAAUGGGUAGGUAUGAUGACCUCAAGCAUGCUUCUGAGCAGAUUGAUUUCCAGAGUGCGAUCCUAUCAAGAUUUGACUGCAUUUUUAUUGUAAGGGAUAUUAGAGAUGAUGAAAGAGAUAGGAAGAUGGCAGGACAUAUCGUCUCUCUUCAUGCUGGAGCUGAUAAUUUUGAUGUUGAGAAGACUGAAAUCGAUAUUGAGUUACUGAAGAAGUACAUUACUUAUGCUAAAGUUCACUGCUCUCCAAGACUUUCACCAGAAGCAGGAGCUUUACUGAAAGAUUUUUAUGUCAAAGACAGAACAGAGUCUGAUUUCGGUGAAGGAGCGAGUUCAAAAGGUAGCAGAAUUCCGAUUACAGUGAGACAGCUUGAGGCAAUAGUUAGGCUUUCCGAAUCUUUGGCAAAGAUGCAACUGAAAAAUAUUGUUUCAAGAGAAAACGUCGAAGAAGCUCAUAGACUUUUCAAAAUUUCGACCUUGCAUGCUGCAAAAUCAGGACUCUCAAGUAACUUUAGCCUUCCUGAAGAACUCAAAGAAGAUGUGAGAAAGGUGCAGGAAAUCAUUAGAAGGAAGUUUGCAAUCGGGUCAAAACUUUCUUACUCAAAAUUGCAAGAAGAGCUAAUGAGACUCUUCAGUAAUCAGAGAUCUGUAGAAUAUGCUAUCUACGGGAUGAUCAAGAACCAAGAAAUAAAGAACUUUGAGAGUAGAAGGAUUCUGCAAAGAAUAAAAUAAGUAACCUCUAGAAGCACCACCCACUGACUGUAGGAACUAAUUGAAUAAUUGCAAUUUAAAUAU